UCGUCGCCAAAACCUAUCUUGUCGCCACGUCAACCUUCGCAAAAGGAAGAAGGAUGUGUCACGGUCUUUAUCGGCAACUUGGCCUGGGAUGUGGACGAAGAUACCAUUAAACAGUCCUUUGCCGACUGCGGCGAGAUUAGCCAGGUGCGGUUCGCUACGGACCGGGAGACUGGAGAUUUCAAAGGUUUUGGACACAUUGAGUUCGUUGCGACCGAAUCGACCGACAAGGCCAUCGAAAUGGCCGGUACGGAAAUUCUCGGACGCCCGGUUCGCGUUGAUUUUGCCAACGACAAGCGGAACAGCGCACCAGGC